AUGUCCGCCGCAAGACUAUUCCGCCCCGCCUCCCGCCUGCUGGCGGCAUCGCGGCCCACCACCGUUCGCUCCGCCUUCCGCCCCCAGGCCGCUUUCCCGGCCCUGCGCAGCUAUGCCACCCCCAGCGGAUCCAAGGAGAUGACCGUCCGUGAGGCUCUCAACGAGGCUAUGGUCGAGGAGAUGGAGAGGAACGAGAAGGUCUUCGUCAUGGGCGAGGAGGUCGCGCAGUACAACGGAGCUUACAAGGUCACCAAGGGCCUGCUCGACCGCUUCGGCGAGAAGAGGGUCAUUGACACGCCUAUCACCGAGUCCGGCUUCUGUGGUCUGACCGUCGGCGCCGCUCUCGCUGGCCUCCACCCCAUUUGCGAGUUCAUGACCUUCAACUUCGCCAUGCAGGCCAUCGACCAGAUCAUCAACUCCGCUGCGAAGACCCACUACAUGUCCGGUGGUAUCCAGCCCUGCAACAUCACCUUCCGUGGCCCCAACGGCUUUGCCGCCGGUGUCGCCGCCCAGCACUCGCAGGACUACUCCGCCUGGUACGGCAGCAUCCCCGGUCUUAAGGUCGUUGCGCCGUACAGCGCCGAGGACGCCAAGGGUCUGCUGAAGGCUGCCAUCCGUGACCCCAACCCGGUCGUCGUUCUCGAGAACGAGCUUCUGUACGGUCUUUCUUUCCCCAUGAGCGAGGAAGCUCAGAAGGAUGAUUUCGUCCUCCCGUUCGGCAAGGCUAAGAUCGAGCGUCCUGGCAAGGACCUCACCAUCGUCACCCUCUCCCGCUGCGUUGGCCAGUCCCUGGCUGCUGCUGAGCAGCUCAAGCAGAAGUACGGUGUUGAGGCUGAGGUCAUCAACCUCCGCUCCAUCAAGCCCCUUGAUGUCGAGGCUAUCAUCAAGUCGGUCAAGAAGACCGGCCACCUGAUGUCGGUUGCCUCCGACUUCCCGUCGUUCGGCGUCGGUGCUGAGAUCCUUGCUCUUGCCUGCGAGUACGGCUUCGACUACCUCCAGGCUCCUCCUGUCCGUAUCACUGGUGCUGAGGUCCCCACUCCCUACGCGCAGAAGCUGGAAGAGCUGGCAUUCCCCCAGGAGCCUUUGAUCGUCGAUUAUGCGGCCAAGCUGCUGCGGGUGUAA